AUGCAGCGGGACGCCGCAGAGCGCGCCGCCGCCGCCAGCUGCCGCGGCACCUUCGGCUGCGCGGCCGCCCGGCCGGCUGGCGACUUUGUCGGCGCCGGCGCGGGCUCAGCGGCGGAGGCAGCGGUGGCGGCGGCGUACGCCGGCGGCGGCGGCGGCGGCGGCGGGGCCCCAUCUUGCGACGACACGCUCUCCCCGCGGCAGCGGGCGGCGGCGCGGAAACCCACAGCCGCGUUUGCCUCGGCGACGCGGCGGUUCAGUGGCGGCGGUGGCGGCGCGGCGGCGGCGGCGCCCGAUUAUGCGACCUGGGACGGGCGGGAGGGCACCCUCUGGGGGGAUCCCGCGCAGCUGGGACCCGGGGUGCACUUGCGGUUGGAGGACUGGGCCAAGCGCGGCAGCAGCAGCGGCGGCGGGCGCGGCCGCGCCGCCUCGGCGGGCGCGCUGCAGGGCGGGGGCGGCGCUGCAGCCGGGUUUGGCAGCGGCGUAGGUCGGCAGAGCCCUGUUUCAAAGGCGGCGGUGGCGGUGCCGGGUCCAGGCGCCUACAACGGCCCCCCCUCCGCCGCUGCCGUCCGCCCCGUCUCCAUCCCCGGCCGCAACCGCGCUGCUUUUGACAGCCAGUCUCGUCGCUUCGCGCCCGCCGGGACGGCGGUGCCGGGGCCCGGGGCGUACGAUUUGGGAGUGGGGUGGACCGCCCCCUCCUUCAACGUCACGCUCGAUGCCUGA